AUGCCACUUAAAAUAUUAAUUCUAGCUGCUGGCUACGGCACACGCCUCCAACGCGACAUACUCGCUGAUCCCACGCAACAAUUCAAAAAUCGACUCAACACACCAAAACCACUUCUUCCUCUAGGCCCAAAUAACGACGCUCUUCUCACAUAUUGGCUAAACAUUUUUCGUGAAGCAAAAAUAGAAAUUGCAACCGCAGUCUUCAUUGUAACCAAUGCACUAUACUAUCCGCAAUUUGUGUCUUGGGCGCAAGAACAAGGAGUCCCGACGCAGAAUAUUGUCAGUGAUGGAACCGAAACUAAUGAAACACGUGUUGGGGCUGUAGGUGAUGUUGCCUUUGCCGUUAAACAUUUUGGGUGGUUCAAGGACACGUGGUCAAAGGAAAACGUAGAUUUGUGUAUUAUUGCCGGAGAUACUCUUUUUCAAAAGGGGUUUCCUUUUGAGAAGUUGUGGCGCGUUUAUGAGAAAAAGUGUAAGAAGGAGUAUGAUGCGAGUUUGGUUACCACUCAUCACGUGUCUGACGAAGAAGUUAGUAAAUUUGGAAUAUUAUCACUUGAAGAAGAGAUGGAAGAACCCGAGAAAACAAUUUCGCGUAACGCGUGUCCAUGCUUUUACUUUUUUCGAAGAGAAAUGGUCGGUCUGUUACGUGUAUUCCUACAAGAAUCUGAGCAACGCGGAGAUCCGCUAGAUAAACGUGAUGCAAUUGGUAAAGUGUUAGCGUGGGGCAUCAAUGGCGGAUUAGAAACAUUUUAUGCGGUGCGCGUGGAGGGGAGGAUUGAUGUUGGUGAUUUGCAGGGGUAUAUUGAAGCGAGAAAGUAUUUUGAAAAUAUUUGA